AUGGAUGAAGUUUCAAAACUAGAACACCUUUCUCUGGUGUCCAAAAUAUGCACAGAGUUGGACAACCAUUUGGGAUUGAAUGAUAAAGAUUUAGCUGAGUUCAUCAUCGAUUUGGCUGACAAGAAUCCAAACUUUGAUAAUUUUAAGAAAGCACUUAUUGAAAAUGGUGCAGAAUUUUCUGACUCAUUCAUGACAAACCUGUUACGUAUUAUACAACAUAUGAAACCUACUGACAAUCAAACUGAAGGGACACAGAAAGAGGUGAAGAGCACUAAUCCUCUGGCAAGCAAAUUUCCAGGUUUGGCUAUUCCCAAUGAUAAACCUAGUAAAUUUUCAUCAGACGAUGAAAGCGAUGAUGAUAAUAAAAAUACGAGAAUAACAGCAAAGGAUAUAUUUAAAACUGAAUCUAAAGUUAAGGAGUCGAGUGAUGAUGUUGUAGAUGCAAUGGCAGCGCUUGAGGCGUUAGCGCCAUCCAAUAUAAAUAAAACUAAGGAAGAGUCAAAAAAAGAUAUUGUCAAGAAGAGAGAUCAGAGCCCAGAUCGUAGUGAUACUCAUAGGAAGCGAGAAAGAUCAAGAGAAAGAAAACGUAGCAGAAGUAGGGAGAGGAGACGCCGCAGUAAGGAUAGAGAUAGACGUAGCCGAAGCCGUAGUCGUAAGAGAAGUCACAGUAGAAGCAGACGAAGUCACAGUAGAAGCAGACGAAGUCAUAGCAAAGAAAGAAGAAAUAGAAGCAGAGACAGGGAUAGACGGAGACGUUCCAGAAGUAAACCUCGACAUAGAUCCAGGUCUAGAGACAGGCAACGAAGAUCCAGGUCUAAUAGAAGAUCUAGAUCCAGGUCUCGUUCAUAUGAAAGAAAAGAGAGAAAUAAAUAUAAUGAUUAUGGCAGGAGUCAGAAAAGAAGAAGUGCUGAGGUGGAGAUGACCGAUGAUCCUGAACCUGGGAAAAUCUACAAUGGCCGAGUGGCAAACAUAGUUCCGUUUGGUUGCUUCGUACAAAUGGAAGGGCUGCGGAAGAGAUGGGAGGGUCUCGUACACAUCUCACAACUCAGAGCUGAAGGAAGAGUCACGAAUGUAUCCGAUGUAGUGUCCAGGGGUGACAAAGUGAAGGUGAAAGUUCUAUCAGUGACUGGACAGAAAGUAUCACUGACAAUGAAGGACGUCUGUCAAGAGACCGGCAAGGAUUUGAAUCCAACAUCACAUGCACAUCUAGAGGUGGAGCGUUCAGGUCGUAACCCGGACCGUCCGCCGGCCGUGUUGGCGGGCCUGCAGCUCGACCCGGACGAAGACUCCAGCAGGAAGCGGGUCACCAGGAUAUCCAGCCCGGAGAGGUGGGAGAUCAAACAGAUGAUAUCUUCCGGUGUGAUCGAUAAGAGCGAGUUGCCAGAUUUCGAUGAAGAAACGGGUCUUCUGCCCAAAGAGGAAGAUGGUGAAGCGGACAUCGAGAUAGAACUGGUCGAAGAAGAACCGCCCUUCCUACAAGGACAUGGGCGAGCUCUACACGACCUGUCUCCAGUCAGAAUAGUCAAGAAUCCCGAUGGAUCACUGGCUCAAGCUGCCAUGAUGCAGUCAGCUCUAGCAAAGGAGAGAAGAGAACAGAAAAUGAUUCAGAGGGAACAGGAAAUGGAGAGUUUACCCACAGGGCUCAAUAAGAACUGGAUAGAUCCUCUGCCAGAAGCAGACGGCAGGGCCUUAGCUGCUAACAUGAGAGGCACCGGCAUCACACCACAGGAUCUACCUGAGUGGAAGAAACAUGUGAUCGGUGGAAAGAAAUCCUCAUUUGGAAAGAAAACUAACCUGUCACUACUGGAACAGAGGCAGUCUUUGCCUAUAUACAAGCUGAGAGAUGAAUUGACAAAGGUAUGUAUUAAAUAUUGUACAUCAUAA